ACUUGACCAAAAUGGUGGACACUGAAAACCAUCUCUAUCUACUUAUUCCAUUGGAGGAGGAUGAUAUAGGCAGCCCUUUAUCUGGAGAGUUCCUGCAAGAUAUGGAGAACAUUCAAGACAUCUCUCAGUCUCUGGGUGAUGAUAGCUCUGGAGCUCUAAGUUUAACAGAGUUUCAGUCAUUGGGAAAUGGUCCAGGAUCUGAUGGAUCAGUUAUAACAGACACCCUUUCACCAGCAUCCAGUCCUUCAUCCAUUAAUUUUGCCACAGCUCCAAGUAGCAUAGAUGAAUCACCCAGUGGAGCAUUAAACAUUGAAUGUAGAAUUUGUGGGGAUAAAGCCUCAGGCUACCAUUACGGAGUUCAUGCUUGUGAAGGUUGUAAGGGUUUUUUUAGGAGAACAAUUCGAUUAAAACUCAUCUAUGAUAAAUGCGAUCGCAACUGCAAAAUUCAGAAAAAGAAUCGUAAUAAGUGCCAAUACUGUCGUUUCCAGAAGUGCCUUUCAGUUGGAAUGUCACAUAAUGCAAUACGUUUUGGACGAAUGCCAAGGUCUGAGAAGGCAAAGUUAAAAGCAGAAAUUCUAACAGGUGAAAAUUAUGUGGAAGAUUCAGAAAUGGCAGAUCUUAAAUCACUUGCCAAAAGAAUUCAUGAUGCCUACCUGAAAAACUUCAAUAUGAACAAGGUUAAAGCCAGAGUCAUUCUUGCUGGGAAAACUAGUAACAACCCACCGUUUGUUAUCCAUGAUAUGGAUACCUUGUGUAUGGCAGAGAAGACGCUGGUGGCAAAAAUGGUAGCCAAUGGAAUUCAGAACAAGGAAGCAGAGGUUCGAAUCUUCCACUGCUGCCAGUGCACCUCUGUAGAGACUGUCACAGAACUUACCGAGUUUGCCAAAUCCAUCCCUGGCUUCUGCAGUCUUGACUUGAAUGAUCAAGUGACACUGUUAAAAUACGGAGUUUAUGAAGCCAUAUUUGCCAUGUUAGCUUCUGUAAUGAACAAGGAUGGGAUGCUGGUAGCCUACGGAAAUGGUUUUAUAACCCGGGAGUUCCUGAAAAGCCUGAGAAAGCCGUUCUGUGAUAUAAUGGAGCCAAAAUUUGAUUUUGCAAUGAAAUUCAAUGCACUGGAGUUGGACGAUAGCGAUAUAUCACUUUUUGUGGCGGCUAUCAUUUGCUGUGGAGAUCGUCCUGGUCUUGUAAAUGUAGGACACAUUGAAAAAAUGCAAGAGAGCAUUGUGCAUGUACUGAAACUUCACUUGCAAACCAACCAUCCUGAUGACAUCUUCCUCUUCCCAAAACUUCUUCAAAAAAUGGCUGACCUCCGACAACUUGUAACAGAACAUGCUCAGCUUGUUCAGAUAAUUAAGAAGACUGAAUCUGAUGCACCUUUACACCCUUUACUACAGGAAAUCUACAGGGAUAUGUACUAGGGAUUUUUAUUUUUUUCCACAAUAUUUAAAGACAACAGCAAUAUUAAUAAUAGAUGGGAGCAAAAUUACUUGCACAGUUAUCUGCUGUUCACUCAGUCUGGAGCAUGAGAAAUCUAAAAGCUAGAUUGUUAAACUUCUGGUUUGGGUUAUUCUGUCCUCUUUUGAAAGAGUUCUGCAGAGAAAUAUCAAUCUUAAUGCUCAUGAGGUUGCUCACAAGGGUUCAUUUAUUGGAAUUUGAGGAAUGGUAAGGAAUAUGUAUUUGCACAAUAAAUCAGAAUGUUGAUUAACAGAAAUGAA